AUGGCGACUUUCCACCCAGAAUCACUCACUUCAUUGCAUGCGAAUGUCCGUGUCAUACCACUGACGCAAGCCCAAUGCCCCCAGAUCGAGGCCGCGCUUCUCGGGCGUGCGUUUCCUGCCGAAAACAGAAGACCAGAUGCUAUGAAUCAGGCACUGGCGGGCGACCGUGUCUUCGAUGCGAACGCCUUCAGCAGAGAUGUUCAUUUGAGCAUCAGCCAACCCUUUCCCGGGAGGAUGCUGCUUCCCAUACUCCUAGUAAUAGAGCAGCUCGAACGAACAGUUGGGGCGUUAUUAGAGCGCUUGGGAGAGGACUCCUCUAGUAUCAUGACUCCGGCCAUCGAGCGCUCCGAUAACCCAGGACAUUUCUUGCACAAGAGUGCAGUGGGUCCAGCACCCAAGUCAGAUUAUCCCUCGGCUCCACCGGUCAUGGUCAUCCGUGAUCUAGCAUCGGAUGCGGGAGUAAAAUCGCCAGAUGCCAACUCCCACGAUUCAGUACUAGAUGGUCUCAUAUCGGCCGAUCUAGCACUCAAUCUCAUCACCAUCUUUCUAGAGCAUUACGGUCGAUGGGUGCUUUUCGACCCAGAGAGUGAUCCCAAGGUCUUACUUGGCAAGGUUAAUCGAUCACCACUGCUAUUUUCCGCUUGCUGCCUAAUCGCUGUCCGACAUACAACGGAAAGCCUGGCGACUACUCUAGCCCCGAAGCUCUAUCAGAGCGCGCGAUCGUUGGUUUCAACAGCAUUGCUUGUGUCCCCGCAGCCGAUAGAGUUCUUCCAAGCUGCCAUCGUCCUUUCAUUAUGGUCCACGACGGUGGGACAAGUUCCGCUGAGCAUCGACAGUUGGCUGCUCAGCGGAUUUGCCUUGCAACAUUGCCAAUCCAGCCUUUUGUUCGAUGCAGUCAACACAGCUAACGCGCCCACGGAACUCACGAAAACGGCCCUCGAUAACUGGUGUAUCUGGAACCACCUCUGUCUAGCACACCUGCAGUAUUGCGUCGGCACAAGCAGAAGGUCCAUGCUGCAAGCCUCCCAGAUACCGAAAUGCCGAGCGAUAGUGGGCUCCGACCAUGCUACGAACUACGAACUGCGCAUGGUAGCUGAGAUUCACCUGUACUGGACACUGUACAAGCACACAUCCAGCGAAUCAAUCGACCUCUUGAAGUCCAUGGCUAGUCUACAGGAUUGGAAGAAAGAGUGGCAAUCCAUGCUUGAACAACCCCGCGCGCAAUUCCUGCUGAUGGGCUUCCAUUUCGCUCACCUUCUCUUAUACGAUCAAUGUCUCAAAUGUAAAACUGCGCGAGCCCGCGAAUCAGUCAUUUCCGAAAUGGUCCGCCACUCACUGGCCAUCAUUCGCAUUGCCAUCGACACCGCAGACGACCGUACGCGCCAUCUAACUGACCACAUCUACCACAUGAUCACAUUCGCUGCAAUCAUCAUCUGCAGGUUGCUGAGCGCAUACGAGGACCAAUUACUACAGAUAUACGACCUAGACGAACUAGACUCAUUGAUACUCAACCUCGUAAGCUGGAUGCAGACAAUCGGUCUUCCUUGUCACGCAGCGCAUACACUCGGCCACGUCAUUGGAAAGGUUCAUCAGAAGCUGCGCCCAGCGGUCGUCACUCAGCCACUGGCUGCAGAACAAAGUGAAGUAUUCUUCGGACAGGAUUUGGCGGGCUAUUUCCCCGAGUUCUUGGGUGUUGAGACAACAGAAGACGGAAACUGGGAUUUGAUGCCUAGUUGGGGAUUCUCAAGCCCUCCAUAG